AAACUUUAUGAAUGUAACCAGUGUGGUAAAGCCUUUGCAGAAAACAGUGAUCUCAUACAGCAUAAAAGAACACACACUGGAGAGAAACGUUAUGAAUGUAAUGAGUGUGGUAAAGCCUUUGCAAAAAACAGUAUUCUCUUAAGCCACAAAAGAACACACACUGGAGAGAAACCUUAUGAAUGUAAGCAGUGUGGUAAAGCCUUUGCACAAAACAGUGCUCUCAUAAGCCAUAAAAGAACACACACUGGAGAGAAACCUUAUGAAUGUAACGAGUGUGGUAAAGCCUUUGCAGAAAACAGUACUCUCUUAAACCACAAAAGAACACACACUGGAGAGAAACCUUAUGAAUGUAAGUAGUGUGGUAAAGCCUUCGCACAAAACAGUGCUCUCAUAAGCCAUAAAAGAACACACACUGGAGAGAAACCUUAUGAAUGUAAUGAGUGUGGUAAAGCCUUUGCAGAAAACAGUACUCUCUUAAACCACAAAAGAACACACACUGGAGAGAAACCUUAUGAAUGUACCCAGUGUUGUAAAGCCUUUGCACAAAACAGUCAUCUCAUAAGCUAUAAAAGAAUACACACUGGAGAGAAACCUUAUGAAUGUAACGAGUGUGGUAAAGCCUUUGCAGAAAACAGUAAUCUCAUACGGCAUAAAAGAACACACACUGGAGAGAAACCUUAUGAAUGUAACCAGUGAGGCAAAGCCUUUACAGAAAACAGUCAUCUCAUAAGACAUAAAAGAACACACACUGGAAAGAAACCUUAUGAAUGUGACGAGUGUGGUAAAGCCUUUGCACGAAACAGCCAGUUAUUAAACCAUGAAAGAACACACACUGGAGAGGAGCCUUACAAAUGUAAUCAUUGUGGUAAAGCCUUUAAAAAAAACAGUCAGCUCAUACGGCAUAAAAGAACACAUACUGGAGAGAAACCUUAUGAAUGUAACCAGUGUGGUAAAGCCUUUGCACAAAACAGUCAUCUCAUAAGCCAUAAAAGAACACACACUGGAGAGAAACCUUAUGAGUGUAACCAGUGUGGUAAAGCCUUUGCAGAAAACAGUCAUCUCAUAAGCCAUAAAAGAACACACACUGGCGAGAAACCAUAUGAAUGUAAUGAGUGUGGCAAAGCCUUUGCACAAAACAGUAAUCUCAUAAGCCAUAAAAGUACACACACUGGAGAGAAACCUUAUGAGUGUAACCAGUGUGGUAAAGCUUUUGCAAAAAACAGUCAUCUCAUAAGCCAUGAAAGAACACACACUGGAGAGAAACCUUAUGAAUGUAAUGAGUGUGGUAAAGCCUUUGCAGUAAACAGUACUCUCUUAAGCCAUAAAAGAACACACACUGGAGAGAAACCUUACAAAUGUAACCAGUGUGGCAAAGCCUUUGCAGUAAACAGUACUCUCUUAAGCCAUAAAAGAACACACACUGGAGAGAAACCUUAUAAAUGUAACCAGUGUUGUAAUGCCUUUGCACAAAACAGUCAUCUCAUAAGCCAUAAAAGAACACACAAUGGAGAGAAACCUUAUGAAUGUAAUGAGUGUGGUAAAGCCUUUGCACGCAAUAAUAAUCUCAUAAGCCAUAAAAGAACACAUACUGGAAAGAAACCUUAUAAAUGCACUGAUUGUGGUAAAUCUUUCACAUGUGGUAAUUAUCUGUGCAGGCAUGCAAGCAGUCGUACUGGAGAGAAACCUUCUAAAUGCACUGUAUGUGGUAAAGUCUUCUCCUAUACCAGUGAUCUCAUAAGGCAUAAAAGAGCACACACUGGAGAGAAGCCUUUCAAAUGUAAUCAAUGUGGUAAAGUGUUUGCACAAAAGAGUCAUCUCAUAAGCCAUAGAAGAACACAUACUGGAGAGAAACCUUAUGAAUGUAACCAGUGUGGUAAAGCCUUUGCAGAAAACAGUACUCUCUUAAGCCAUAAAAGAACACACACUGGAGAGAAACCUUAUGAAUGUAACCACUGUGGUAAAGCCUUUGCAGAAAACAGUACUCUCUUAAGCCAUAAAAGAACACACACUGGAGAGAAACCUUAUGAAUGUAACCAGUGUGGUAAAGCCUUUCCACAAAAAAGUCAUCUCAUAAGCCAUAAAAGAACACAUACUGGAGAGAAACCUUAUGAAUGUAACCAGUGUGGUAAAGCCUUUGCAGAAAACAGUACUCUCUUAAGACAUAAAAGAACACACACUGGAGAGAAACCUUAUGAAUGUAACCAGUGUGGUAAAGCCUUUGCAGAAAACAGUACUCUCUUAAGCCAUAAAAGAACACACACUGGAGAGAAACCUUAUGAAUGUAACCAGUGUGGUAAAGCCUUUGCAGAAAACAGUACUCUCUUAAGCCAUAAAAGAACACACACUGGAGAGAAACCUUAUGAAUGUAACCAGUGUGGUAAAGCCUUUGCAAAAAACAGUACUCUCUUAAACCAUAAAAGAACACAUACUGGAGAGAAACCUUUUGAAUGUAACCAGUGUGGUAAAGCCUUUGCACAAAACAGACAUCUCUUAAUCCAUAAAAGAACACACACUGGAGAGAAACCUUAUGAAUGUAACCAGUGCAGUAAAGCCUUUCCACAAAAAAGUCAUCUCAUAAGGCAUAAAAGAACACAUACUGGAGAGAAACCUUAUGAAUGUAACCAGUGUGGUAAAGCCUUUGCAGAAAACAGUACUCUCUUAAGACAUAAAAGAUCACACACUGGAGAGAAACCUUAUGAAUGUAACCAGUGUGGUAAAGCCUUUGCAGAAAACAGUACUCUCUUAAGACAUAAAAGAACACACACUGGAGAGAAACCUUAUGAAUGUAACCAGUGCAGUAAAGCCUUUCCACAAAAAAGUCAUCUCAUAAGCCAUAAAAGAACACAUAUUAUAAAG